ACUGCUGCUGUCGGGCCCCUAAAAAAUAUUUUUAUCAUCUGGCUCCAAAUGAAUGGCUCUCAUGCAAGUUGACUGUGGUAGUUUCUCUCUUUUGGGGGGGGGAUAACCUACUUUAGGAGAAGUGUGGAUAUGGUCUACCCACCCAUACAGACGGCACCAUUUUACGCAGGCUUAUUGUUUCCAUUUUAUGGCAGAAUGAAAUAGGCUAUCGAUUUAACUUGUCCUAUUUCAACUUUGGCCAAGAUUGGAUUUUCAAACGAGCUGGGCUGGGCAUCUCCGGCCGACCCGCCUGGGAGCAGAGGAUCACAGGGACUGUGGGACUCGCAGGUCGGAGUGCGCAAAGCAACGCGCCCCUGUGAUUCAUCCGCAGUUUCCAGACGGUGCGCAGGUGGAGGCGAAGAGGAGAGGAAGCAGCCGCUCAGGACGGACGGAUGAAACGGCUGUUCAAUACGCGUAAGAUGUAUUCCACCUAAGGAACGAACUCGGUGUUGCAUUGAUUUGGAACCACUGGCUUGAUUUGGCGCAGCUGUAAACCAUUUUUCUUCCAUGACAAAAGUUUGACUGUUAAAAAAUGAUGCUCUGCUCCGCUCCUGUUUUUUCAUGCAAUGCUGUGGAUUCCGGCGUCAGCGUAAGUGGCCAGUCAUCACUUGAGAAAUAGCUUCGAUUCUUUCGGUCUUAAUUUCGGUGCCAAUUUCAACAAACAGAGGGCUUUUAUUCUCGCACAUCAUCAUCACUCGCCCGGGAUUGCAUCAAUUUGAAUUAAUGUCGCACUCCAUGAUGGACUUCCUCGGACUGUACUUCUUGCAGCUGGCUCUUAUUGGAAUCCCACGUAUGGCUCUCUCUGCAGGCGGGAGGGACUGCCUGCGUGCCGGAGACACCUGCUCCAGCGACGACACCUGCAGCCCGCGACUGCGCACCCUCAGGCAAUGUGUAGCGGGGGAUGGCAGCGUGAAGCUGGGGCCCGGGGCGCGAAACCAGUGUGAGAACGCCAUGACGGCGCUGCUGUCCACUCCUCUGCAUGGCUGCCAAUGUAAACGAGGCAUGAAGAAGGAGAAGAACUGCCUGAGUAUCUACUGGAGUCUGCAUCAGUCUGUGCUGCACGGACUCAGCCUGGUGGAGAGCUACCCGUAUGAACCAGAGGAGAGGGGCUCUGACUACGUUCGUCUGGCCUCCAUCGCUGCAGAGUCUGAAGUAACGACGGUGAACCGCUGCCUGGAUGCUGCCAAAGCGUGUAACAUAGAUGAGACGUGUCAGAAGCUUCGUACGGAAUACGUCUCAUCCUGCAUCCAGCCGUCAGCUCGCUCGGGGCCAUGUAACCGACCAAAGUGCAACAAGGCGCUAAGGAAGUUCUUUGACCGUGUUCCCCCUGACUACACCCACGAGCUGCUGUUCUGUCCCUGCACCGACACGGCCUGCGCAGAGCGGCGCCGGCAAACCAUCGUGCCGUCAUGCUCAUACGAAGACAAGGAGAAACCCAACUGCCUGGCUCAGCUGCGGAUCUGCAAAGCAGACUAUGUGUGCAGGUCUCGCUGGGCACAGUUCCAGUAUGAUUGCCAACCUUCCGAGCUGAGCACCAGUGGCUGCAAGCAGGAGAACCACGGAGCAUGUCUACUUGCGUACACCGGCCUGAUAGGAAGCACAAUAACUCCCAACUACCUUGACAACUCCACAUCCAACGUGGGACCCUGGUGCUCCUGCGCAGCGAGCGGCAACCACAGGGAACAAUGCAGUGACUUCCUCACUUUUUUCCACGACAAUGUCUGCCUGAAAAAUGCCAUCCUGGCUUUUGGGAACGGAUCGGAUGUGAAAACGGGUGCCAGCCAGCCCGGGAUGCCCAGUCCAGCGACGGACAACCAGAGCCCGCACUUGGCAACCACCGCCCCGGGCGUCUCCAUGGAAACAGAGCAGAACAUUCUGGGAGCACAGAUACCUACUCAGGUUAACGAGAACGACAGAUUGUGGGGCGAUGAGGGAGACUCCACUCUUCCCUCUCCGGGCCUGUCGGACUGCGGAGCCGAGCCUGUCGGCCUGUCCCUGCUGCUGGGCCUCGGUUGGCUGCUCCUGCUGCUGCUCUCCGACCAAUAAGAGGCCUCACUCACCUGGCCUCCACGGACAAAACUCCAGACCGGGGGUGGGGGAGUGGGGGUGUGAGAAAGAGCCAUUUCUGUGUGUCAAAUGACUGUGGAGGUCGACUCUGUCCUGCCCCGCUCCCCCCUCCCUCUGUCACAAAAAUCACACUUCUCUUUUUGUGAAUCAUGACUCAGAGCAGAUGUGUUCUGCAGCCCACACCCUUGAGAAGACUGCCAGAGAGGGUGCCACUACCGCACCAGGGGGGAGGGGGGUCCAGGAAGUACACACCUCAUUACUUGCUUCACGCCUGCCCAAACACAAACUGUUACACAUGACACACACGCAGACUUUAUUCAUCCGAAAAUAACGUCCAAGCUCCAGUGAAAAGGCCCAGUGGGUUUAGAAAGUGUACAGUGAAGAGACACUGAAGAUGCAGUGCAGGAAAACUAAAAAAAAAAAAAACUAAAAAAAAAGAAGGUUUUUUGGGUCCCUGAACAUUCCUUGAUGUAAAAUAAAAAUAAAUGUUAAAACUUUUCUCUCAGAUGGACAGUGAUUAAGUGUUACACAAAAUUUAAGAUGGAAGUGUGUGUUUGUCUACAUGCAGCGCUCUGCUCAUUCAGCUUUGCCCUAUAUUUUGAUGCCACAUAUUUCAUGAGUCAUAAUUUUUGUUAUGCAGAAUGUUAGAUGGAAGCACAUGUUAGAGUCAAAUCACAAUGAAAUUCUUUGACUUUGUUGUGUUUUACAAGGACCUACAUUACUUAUUAGCCUUUAUCGUAUUGUAAUUUGUUUUAAAUUUUAAAGCUAUAAAUCAUUUCGUAUGAGUAGAUGUCACCUUGGAAGGGGGCUCUUCAUAUAUUCAUUCAGUAAGCUUUAAGUGUGAGGGCCUGACAAACAUUUGGGUUUGUUCCUCUUCAGAAAUGUAUUUAAAAAAAAAAAAUCAUGUGGUUUUGGUGAAGCAACAAGAGAUGGAAACAAGUUUAUAUUUUUUAAAUGUAUAUGGACUUUGCCGCAGAGAAAGCAUAUCUAUAGACAAGUUUGUGACCAAUCAUAUUUUGCCGUUGCGGGAGGACUGGUGGAAAACAGACAGUGCGGGUUUUGAUGCGUGAACGGAUGCAUCUGUCUUUUGAGAGACUUGUGAGAUGAAGGUGAUGACCCUAGUUGGCCCGCUACCUGCUGGGACUCUUCGCUCGACGUGGGACGCCAGAGGAUUUACAAUAUGUACUGUAAAAGCACAGCUCUGCUUUGUGGAGCGGACAUGUCUAUGAAAAGUGUUGAAAUGGAGAGACCGAAGUUGGUUAGGAGCAAACGCUCUUAACAAGGAAUGUGUCAUCUUCAAUACUGCCAUUGAAUUCAGUUAUCUGAAGAAACCCAUUUGUUUCACUGCAUUAUUAAAUGUCACAACAUAUGCUGAUUUUAACACAAAGAAAGAAAAUAUGUUGCCCAAGCAGACCUGAUGAAAAUGACACAUUCUAGUUCAAGUUGGACCUAAAAAUGCUCACAGUAUAAGUUUAACAGCACAAUAGUUGUUGGAUUUUGCCUGCCAAGUUCUACAGGAAAGAAAAAAAAAAGUUUAUUCUUCCUCAUUGAUGCCUAUGUAGUUUUGAAAUGAGACCCCAAAUGGGUUUUAACAGGGUUGUAAGGACAUAAAUUCAACACAAAGGGGCAGUUCACUCAAAUUUUCUCACAUACCUCUAGUGGUACCCAGUCAUGCAGAUGACAGACAAAUAUCGUUUUCUGACAUUGCUGCUGCUUCCAUCCAAAUACAAUAAAGAUAAUUUAACUUUU